AAAGGUGAUUUUGUUGUUGAGUACAGGGGAGAUAUGAUAAAUGAUGCAGAACUGCAGAGGAGAAGAAAACGUUACCACGCAUCCUGUGCUGCAUUUAUGUUUGAUUUCAAGUGGCGAGGGAAAACAUGGUGUAUUGAUGCGUCAAGAGAAGAUGGAUCGUAUGGGCGGAUCGUUAAUGAUGACCACAAACAUCCAAAUUGUAAGAUGAAGAAAAUUGACGUCAAUGGAAAGCCUCACCUUUGUCUGUUUGCCCUGGAUGACAUUAAAGAAGGAGAAGAAAUUGCCUAUGAUUAUGGAGGAGAAAACUACCCAUGGAGAACACAAAUGACCAGCGCUGCUGUUAAUACCAGCACAGCGAGUAACUCUGAUCCUUCUCUCCAGUCAGAGACUCAGAUGGAUGAUGAAUCUGCUCAAAUCAACUCUCCUCAACAGAUUGUGAUACAGCUCCGAAAUGAAAAUGACAUUUUAGUACCAAGACUGAGAAGGACUAAAAGUAUCAUGAUGAAAGACAUGGAUCUUCAAGAUUCUGGGGAGCUCUUUGAUUCUACACCAGAGAGUUCAGAUAAUUAUGUUCCAGAUACCACUUCCGACAGUGACAGUGAUGUUAGCCUUACACUGAACCCAACAAAACGUCAGCUUCUUGAUGAACUGGAUAUGAAUGAAUCUGCCUCUGUAAGCUUCCCUGACUGUGACACAACAACGUCAGACAAAAUGCACAGCCUUACAUCUAAAGCAUCUGGAACAGUAGAAGAGCCCAGUUCAAGUCAGAAAACAAUAGACUGCGUAGUUGUUAAUGCAUACCAAAAAAGAGAUGGCGGUAGAGUGUAUAACAAGAGACAUUACUGCUUGUAUUGCUCCAAACCUUACGCUAAGAUGGCAAGGCAUCUAGAAAGUUCACAUGCAAAUACAUCUGAUGUGGCUAGAGCUCUAAGCUUUCCAAAAGGUUCAAAAGAGAGAAAAAAACAGCUGGAUUAUAUUCGCAACAAAGGGAACUAUGCCCACAAUGCUGCUGUUAUGGAAUCAGGAAAUGGGGAACUGGUGCCAUUUAAACGACCACCUAAAAAAGCACAGGGAGAGGAUUUCAUGCAUUGUGCGUACUGUCAAGGACUUUUUACAAGAAAGGUCCUGUGGCGUCAUAUGCGUUCUUGUAGACUUCAACCUCAGUCAGUCCCCCCCAAACCAGGAAAAAACCGUGUUCAGUCCAUGUGUACAUACACGGGGCCUGUGCCUUCAAACAUGACCAAACAACUGUGGGGAGUAAUCAGUGCCAUGAAUCCUGACCCAAUCACAGAUAUAAUAAAAAAUGACACAGUAAUUACUGAAAUUGGGCAGCACUUGUUGAACAAAGGAGGGCUAUCAGCCAAAAAUAAACAGAAUGUGCGGGAGAAGAUGCGAGAAUUGGGAAGGUUGAUUCACAAGGCGAGGAGAGUCACCUCUUUAAAAACGAUGGAAGAUUGUGUAAAUCCAAAGAAGUACAUGGAGACUGUCAAAGCUGUGAAGUAUACGUGUGGGUAUGACAGUGAAACGGACAAGUUCAUGAUUCCAUCAGCUUGCAAACAAGCUUGGGAAUUCCCUGGUUAA